UGACGUCUACACCCCGGAAAAUGCUGAAGUGAAGAUAUUCUGUCUUUGGAUCAUCUACUUAUAUUCGUUGGUGUAUUUGCGCUCCUCUCUGCAGUAGCUGUUAAACAGAGUUAGAAUGGAGACUCGCUUCACCAGAGGUAAGUCUGCUAUUCUGGAGCGGCCCCUGAGCCGACCUAAAACCGAGGUGAGUGUGAGCGCCUUCGCCCUGCUGUUCUCGGAGGUGGUGCAGUACUGCCAGAGCCGGGUGUACUCUGUGACCGAGCUGCAGGCUCGUCUGUCGGAGCUGGGACAGAGAGUGGGAGCCAGUCUGCUGGAUGUGCUGGUGCUGAGGGAGAAGAACGGCAAGAGGGAGACCAAAGUGCUGAACAUCCUGCUGUUCAUCAAGGUAUCUGUGUGGAGAGCAUUGUUUGGCAAGGAGGCAGACAAGCUGGAGCAGGCCAACGACGAUGACAAGACGUACUACAUCAUUGAGAAGGAGCCGCUCGUCAACACCUUCAUCUCGGUUCCCAAAGAGAACAGCACCUUGAACUGUGCAGCUUUCACCGGAGGCAUCGUGGAGGCUAUCCUCACCCACAGCGGCUUCCCCGCCAAGGUCACCGUCCACUGGCACAAGGGCACCACGCUAAUGAUCAAGUUCGAUGAGGCAGUGAUCGCCAGAGACAAGGCACUGGAAGGCAGAUAGAGGAGACAUGGACGAGAGUGAAGGUGUGAAGUGACUGAUGACUGUAUGACUGCUGGUGGACUGUAAUAUUCAGAAGAACUUAAACUGGAUACAAAAGGAAAAGCAGAGAAAGAAUAAAUCAAGCACUUAUUUUCAUAACUGAUUAAUCUGCAGAUAAUUUCAGCUGAUUACUAAAGAUUAAUUUUUCAUUUGGUCAGCAUAAAUGAUAAAAAGACAAAGAGAAUGCCCAUUACAGUUUCCCAGACUCAGGUUAAUGUAUUUAAAUGUGGUCAGUUCAAAGUCUAAAGGGUUUCCAUGUGAUAUCAAAGAGAAAAAACAGGAAAACAUUUUUACAUUUGAAAAGAAAAACAUGAACAAGUCCUAUUUUCUAACACUCAACAAAAAUCAGUCGUAUUACCUCUGAAGGAGAGCAUAUCCUGUUGAAGGUGUUGAAACUGAAGGUUGCUCAGACGUAUUUACUCAAUAUUCAUUCCGCUGUAUUUCAGUGGCAACUAAGACACGUCAGGGAAAAUUAAAAAUAUAUACAUUACACUAAUAUGUCUAUUUAUUUGAAAAUUUGGGAUAACUGUGUGCUUUAAAAAGAAAAGUGGCUCUUUGUUUUGUUUUUUUGCACAAUGCAUUAGCCUGACGACAACAGUUUUCAGGCAAAAAAAAAAGCUUCAUUUACACACGUUGCCAUAUUAGUGAAAUGAACUGUGUGGCUGCAUCUGUAUUGACCUGCCUGAUGGGAUCCCAACUGUCUGUUCAUGUUUGUAUUAUGAGAUUACAGUGACGCAUUCGACAGGUGGAGCAGCUUUACUUGUGUAACAUCUUCAGCCUGCAACUAAAGCGUUAUGUUUUUGCAAAAUAAUGUUUAUACCUGUACAUUGCUAUGGUAUAAUGUAAAUAAAUGCAUUAAAUGAA